AUGGUUGGGUUCAAGGCCACAGAUGUGCCCCCCACUGCCACUGUGAAGUUCCUCGGGGCUGGCACAGCUGCCUGCAUUGCAGAUCUCAUCACCUUUCCCCUGGAUACCGCCAAAGUCCGGCUGCAGAUCCAAGGAGAAAAGCAGGGGGCAGUGCGAGCUGCAGCCAGCGUCCAGUACCGCGGUGUGCUGGGCACCAUCCUGACCAUGGCGCGCACCGAGGGUCCCCGCAGCCUCUACAAUGGGCUGGUCGCCGGCCUGCAGCGCCAGAUGAGCUUUGCCUCUGUCCGCAUCGGCCUCUACGACUCUGUCAAGCAGUUCUACACCAAGGGCUCUGAGCAUGCCGGCAUCGGGAGCCGCCUCCUGGCAGGCAGCACCACAGGUGCCCUAGCUGUGGCUGUGGCCCAGCCCACGGAUGUGGUAAAGGUCCGGUUCCAGGCUCAGGCCCGGGCUGGAGGUGGCCAGAGAUAUCAGAGUACUGUUGAUGCCUACAAGACCAUUGCCCGAGAGGAAGGGUUCCGGGGACUCUGGAAAGGAACCUCUCCCAAUAUUGCCCGUAAUGCAAUUGUGAACUGUACUGAAUUGGUGACUUACGACCUAAUCAAGGAUGCCCUCCUGAAGGCCAACCUCAUGACAGAUGACCUUCCUUGCCACUUCACUUCUGCCUUUGGGGCAGGUUUCUGCACCACCAUCAUUGCCUCCCCUGUCGACGUAGUCAAGACGAGAUACAUGAACUCUGCCCUCGGCCAGUACAGCAGCGCUGGCCGCUGUGCCCUCACCAUGCUCCAGAAGGAGGGCCCCCGAGCCUUCUACAAAGGAUUCAUGCCCUCCUUCCUCCGUUUGGGUUCCUGGAACGUGGUGAUGUUCGUCACCUAUGAGCAGCUGAAACGGGCCCUCACAGCUGCCUGCACUUCCCGGGAGGCUCCCUUUUGA